AUGUCUUCCACCACUGCCCACUCUGGCGCUGCUGCCAUCAUGAAUGACAACGCUCGUCCUGAAUCUGACGCCGUGUUGAAGUCCAUCGCUUCCUACAUCCACAACUACAAGGUGGACUCCACCCUUGCCAAGGAUACAGCCCGUUUGUGUUUCUUGGACACUUUGGGCUGCGGGAUUGCCGCCUUGAAGUACCCAAACUGUACCGCCUUGAUCCAGCCGGUUGUCCCGGGCACCAAGGUUCCUAACGCUACUAGAGUCUUUGGUACCGAUAUCGAACACGACCCUAUCAGAGGUGCCUUUGCCAUUGGUACCAUUAUCAGAUGGUUGGACUACAACGACUGUUGGUUGGCGGCCGAAUGGGGCCACCCGUCCGAUAACUUGGGUGGUAUCCUCGCUGUGGCCGACCACUUGACCCGCUUGCACAAGUCCACCAACGGUGCCGACGGCCAGAAGUUUACCGUUGGCGAGGUUUUGGAGUAUAUGAUCAAGGCCCACGAAAUCCAGGGGAUUUUGGCGUUGGAAAACUCCUACAACAAGGUCGGUCUUGACCACGUCUUGUUGGUCAAGGUUGCCACCACCGCCGUUGUUUCCCAGAUGUUGGGGCUUUCCGAGCAGCAGACCAUCGAUGCCUUGUCCCACGCCUUUAUCGAUGGAUCCUCUUUGAGAACCUACAGACACGCGCCAAACACCAUGUCGCGCAAGUCCUGGGCCGCUGGUGACGCCUGUUACCGUGCCGUUAACUUGGUCUACCACGUUAAGAACGGUGAAACCGGUAUGCCAUCCGCCUUGACUGCCAAGACCUGGGGUUUCUAUGACGUCUUGUUCAAGGGUAAGCCCUUCGAAUUGAACCAGGACUUUGGUGCCUACGUCAUGGAGAACGUCUUGUUCAAGAUCUCGUACCCAGCCGAGUUCCACGCCCAGUCUGCUGUCGAGUGUGCCUUGAAGGUUCACGAGAAGUUGGCCAAGGCUGGCAAGUCCUUCAAGGAUAUCAAGAAGGUCACUAUCUCCACCCAGGAUGCCGGUAUGCGAAUCAUCGACAAGAAGGGCCCAUUGCACAACUACGCCGACCGCGACCACUGUAUCCAAUAUAUGGUGGCCAUUCCAUUGAUCCACGGUCGUUUGACCGCUGAUGACUACUCCGACGCCAUUGCCUCUAACCCAGAGAUCGAUGCCUUGAGAGAAAAGAUGGAGUGCCAGGAAAACAAGGAGUUCACCGCUGACUACUACGCUGCUGACAAGAGAUACAUCGGCAACUCCUUGGACGUUGAAUUAACCAAUGGUGAGGUCUUCAGCGAGUCUAUUGACUACCCAGUUGGGCACAGAAAGAGAAGAGAGGAGGGCAAGCCAUUGAUUUACAAGAAGUUCGAGGCCAACUUGAACCAGCACUUUGAGCCAGCCCAGGUCAAAAAGAUUUUGGAAGCCUCUUAUGACAAGAACUUGGACGCCCAGGAUGUCUCUUCCUUCAUGGACUUGUGGGUCAAGAACUAA